AUGGGGAUGGUCAGCACGGAGCUGUCCACACAGUGGACUCUGAUCCGCCCUGGCUUUUCCCGGAUUGUGGACAGCACAACUGUAUCACGAGCACACAUUGGCAUAGGCCUCCCUGCAGUUUCCAGCUAUGCCAAAUGGCACAGGGUGGAUUAUGCCACUUUGAGACUAGACCAAGCCCUUUCUGGAGAAAUUGGUCUGGGAGACUCAAAUCAGGAGCAUCUGGGACAUCUGCUCCGGAUCCCUCUGCACAAAGGGAAGUCUCUGAGGAACACCCUGAAGGAGCAAGGACUGCUGGAGGACUUUCUGAGGAGACACCUGUAUGAGUUCAGUGAGAAGAACUCCAACAUCGGGGUGGUGGCCAGUGAGCCUCUGAUCAACUAUCUAGAUAGUGAGUACUUCGGACUGAUCUACGUUGGAACACCACCCCAGGAGUUCAAGGUGGUGUUUGACACAGGCUCCUCAGAACUCUGGGUACCCUCUGUGUACUGCAGCAGCAAAGUUUGCAGAAACCACAACCGCUUUGACCCAUCCAAGUCCUUCACCUUCCAGAAUCUGAGCAAGCCCCUGUUUGUCCAGUAUGGUACUGGCAGUGUGGAGGGCUUCCUGGCCUAUGACACUGUCACGGUCUCUGAUAUUGUAGUUCCCCAUCAGACUGUGGGCCUGAGUACCGAGGAGCCAGGUGACAUCUUCACCUACUCUCCAUUCGAUGGCAUCCUGGGCCUGGCCUACCCUACUUUUGCCUCCAAGUACUCAGUACCCAUAUUUGACAACAUGAUGAACAGGCACCUGGUGGCCCAAGACCUGUUCUCCGUUUACAUGAGCAGGAAUGACGAAGGGAGCAUGCUCACGCUGGGGGCCAUCGAUCAAUCCUACUUCAUAGGCUCACUGCACUGGGUGCCUGUGACUGUGCAAGGAUAUUGGCAGUUCACAGUGGACAGGAUCACAAUCAAUGACGAGGUGGUGGCUUGUCAAGGCGGCUGCCCUGCUGUUCUGGACACAGGCACUGCCCUGCUGACAGGGCCUGGUAGAGACAUCCUCAAUAUUCAGCACGCCAUUGGAGCUGUGCAGGGCCAUCAUGACCAGUUUGACAUUGACUGCUGGAGGCUGAACUUCAUGCCCACGGUUGUCUUUGAGAUCAAUGGUAGGGAGUUCCCACUGCCACCCUCCGCCUAUACCAACCAGUUCCAGGGCUCCUGCUCCAGCGGCUUCAGGCAUGGCUCCCAGAUGUGGAUCCUUGGAGAUGUGUUCAUUCGGGAGUUCUACAGUGUGUUUGACAGGGCCAACAAUCGUGUCGGACUGGCCAAGGCUAUCUGAUUAUACAACUACACACACACACACACACAC